CAGGACAACGAACUAAUGUAAGCGACUGAUCGAGAUCAUCUGUCACAAUUUUAUAUAGCUACGUCCACAAUAUCUCUCGGCUUACAAAACCUGCCUUGCUACAUUCUUAUCAGUCGGUGUCGAGAUGCUGGAAACCUGAAGGCAAAUCAGGCGACCAAGUUAUUAACAUUUACCAUCUGCCCAGAGCGUCAACGUGCUCUUAGAAUCAAUAUUUAAGCUUUGAUCAAAACUUAACCAGGGAUUGUCAUGAAGCCGGAAGCGCCCUUUGAGAAGUUUGCUGGCGGCGCCUUGGGGAUGUGCGUCCUGGCUCUUUGCCUGCUGUCCCAGACAGAGGGGGCGGUGAAAUACAAGCCAGGGGACCAGGUGACUCUCUAUGUGAACAAGGUCGGACCCUACCACAAUCCGCAGGAAACCUACCACUACUACACCCUGCCUGUCUGCAGACCCAAAGAGGUGCGGCACAAGGCCAUGAGCCUGGGGGAGGUGCUGGACGGGGACAGGAUGGCUGAGUCGCUGUACGACAUCCGCUUCAAGGAGAACACCGAGCGACGAACGCUGUGUCAGCUGUCCCUGACCGAGAAAGAGGUGGAGCAGCUCCGUGAGGCGAUAGAGGAGCUCUAUUAUUUUGAGUUUGUCCUGGAUGAAAUUCCCAUCUGGGGCUUUGUGGGAUACAUGGAGGAGAGUGGCUUCCUGCCUCACAGCCAUAAGGUGGGGCUGUGGACCCACCUGGACUUCAACAUCGAGUACAACGGCGACUCGGUGAUUUUCGCCAACGUGUCGGUGAAGGACGUGAAGCCCGUGCCGCUGGAGGAGGGCGCGGGGGCCGGGGGCGGCCUGGCGCUCACCCAAAGCUACACCGUGCGCUGGUUCGAGAGCCCCCUGCCCUACGAGCGGCGGGCCGAGCGCCUGCAGGACUACUCCUUCUUCCCCAAGACCCUGGAGAUCCACUGGCUGUCCAUCAUCAACUCCCUGGUGCUGGUGGUCCUCCUGCUGGGCUUCGUCAUCAUCAUCCUCAUGAGGGUGCUGAAGAACGACUUCGCCAGGUACAACGUGGACGAGGAGGGCGCCUGUGAUGACCUGGACCAGGGGGACAACGGCUGGAAGAUCAUCCACACAGACGUCUUCCGCUUUCCGCCCUAUAAGAGCCUGCUCUGUGCCGUCCUGGGGGUGGGAGCGCAGUUCCUCACUCUCGCCACAGGGAUCAUCGUCAUGGCGCUGCUGGGGAUGUUUAACGUGCAUCGCCAUGGCGCCAUCAACUCUGCAGCGAUUGUGCUGUACGCCCUGACCAGCUGCGUGUCGGGAUACUGCUCCUGCAACUUCUACACACAGAUCCACGGCCAGCGCUGGGUCUGGAACAUUAUCCUCACCUCCUCCCUCUUCUCAGCGCCCCUCUUCCUGACCUGGAGCGUGGUGAACUCGGUGCACUGGUGGAGCGGCUCCACCCAGGCGCUGCCCGUCUCCACCGUGCUGCUCCUGCUGGCCGUGUGGGCGCUGGUGGGCUUCCCGCUCACCGUCAUCGGCGGCAUCGUGGGCAAGAACAAGGCGGGCGGCUUCCAGGCGCCCUGCCGGACCCGCAACAUCGCCCGACAGAUCCCCCCGCAGCCCUGGUACAAGCACACCACCGUGCACAUGGCCAUCGGGGGCUUCCUCCCCUUCAGCGCCAUCUCGGUGGAGCUGUACUACAUCUUCGCGACGGUGUGGGGCCGCGAGCACUACACGCUGUACGGCAUCCUGCUGUGCGUCUUCGCCAUCCUGCUGUCGGUGGGCGCCUGCAUCUCGGUGGCGCUGACCUACUUCCUGCUGUCGGGGGAGGACUACCGCUGGUGGUGGCGCAGCGUGCUGAGCACCGGCUCCACGGGCCUCUUCAUCUUCGUCUACUCCGUCUUCUACUACCGCAACCGCUCCAGCAUGAGCGGCCUGGUGCAGAGCGUGGAGUUCUUCGGCUACUCGCUGCUCACCGCCUUCGUCUUCUCCCUCAUGCUGGGCACCGUGUCCUUCGCCGCCUCGCUGACCUUCAUCCGUUACAUCUACCGCAGCCUCAAGAUGGACUGAGGGGGGCGGGGCCAGUGUAGGGGGAAAUGGGGUGGGGAAAAGUGCUACACCUACCGCAGCCUCAAGAUGGACUGA